ACGUAACUUGACGCUGGUGGGUAACGCACUGUUGGAGUGCUUUUGGCUAACGGAUGAACAAACAGCGUGAAUGCACUGCUCUGAUGAAGGUGUUGGUGACAGGGGGGUCCGGACUGGUGGGGAGGGCCAUACAACAUGUCAUAGAGGAAGAAGGGGGAGCCAAAGAAGGAGAAGAAUGGAUAUUUCUGUCCUCCAGAGAUGCAAACCUCAUGAACAAAGAGGAGACACUGGCAGUUUUUGAAAAGCACCGGCCCACCCACGUUAUCCACCUGGCUGCUAUGGUGGGAGGGCUUUUCAAGAACAUGAAGCACAACCUGGACUUCUGGAGGAACAACAUCUACAUCAACGAUAAUGUGCUGCAGGCAGCGCAUGAGGUCGGGACGGUCAAGGUUGUUUCCUGUCUAUCCACCUGCAUUUUUCCCGAUAAAACAACCUAUCCUAUUGAUGAGACUAUGAUCCAUAAUGGCCCACCUCAUGAGUCCAACUUUGGUUAUGCCUAUGCUAAAAGGAUGAUUGAUGUUCAUAACAGGGCUUAUUUCCAGCAAUACGGCCGAUGCUACACAGCUGUGAUUCCCACAAAUGUAUUUGGUCCUCAUGACAACUUCAGCAUCGAGGAUGGCCAUGUGCUGCCAGGGCUCAUUCAUAAAGCAUACAUCGCUCAACAGGAGGGGAAGCCUCUGGAGGUCUGGGGUUCAGGCUCUCCUAGAAGGCAGUUCAUCUACUCUUUGGACUUGGCUCGUCUUUUCCUCUGGGUCUUGAGGGAGUAUCCAGAGGUCGACCCAAUCAUUCUCUCUGUUGGGGAAGAAGAUGAGGUCUCCAUUAAAGAAGCCGCAGAUGCAGUUGUUGAAUCUUUGGGCUUUAAAGGAGAAGUAGUGUAUGACACCAGUAAAGCAGAUGGCCAGUUCAAGAAGACAGCCAGUAAUGCAAAGUUGCAUCGCUACCUUCCAGACUUCAAAUUCACACCCUUUAAACAAGCUUUAAAAGAAACAUGCGAUUGGUUUGUUGCCAAUUAUGACACCGCUCGGAAGUAAAGUGGCUGCUGAACUGAUUAGCACCUAAUCCUUCAAUAUGUCGACUGUUUCUGUAAGAAGCUGGUGGGGUCAACAGUGGAGAGGCUUGCAGGAAAUCAGAUCAUGUGCAGAAAGUAGUGAGCCAAUAGUGAUGUCUGAUAAUCAUUGAAAAGCUAUGUAGUUUUAAAUUAAAGAUUCCAGAACCAACUAACAUGAUGUAAUCUGUGUUGUAGAUGUUUCUUUCCUCUGGUGCUUUAGUUGUAUUCAGUUGUAUCAUUUGAACGGUUUUAUUAAAAGCCAUUUGUCAUUUU